AUCGGUCAUUAAUGCAAAUAAAUGAUAUCAUUUUAUCGCCGAUAACAUGAAUUUAUUUAUUGAUUGACUGGGUUCGCUCAGUUUUUAUUUGUGAGUAGUAAACACAGAUCAUGGCGGAUAAUAACGAAGAAGAUGCUAUUUCCUUUCACCCAAAAAGGGCUCAUCCUGUGCCCCAAGAUGAACAUGGAUCUUCAUUACAUCCACAAGAGCUAAGAUACAAUAUGAAUCAUCCAAAGAGGGGGAUGGCUUUGAUAUUCAACCACAUGAACUUCAGCUCAAAUCUGCCAACCAGACAGGGAACCAAUAAGGAUAGGGAUGAUCUCGAGUCCCUGUUCACAAAGCUCAAGUUCAAAGUUAAAUGUCAUAAUGAUUUAACUAAAGAACAGAUCAGGAGCGUCUUAUCUUCAGUGGCUCUAGCUGACCACACUGACGAAGACUGUCUAGUGGUAGUCAUUUUAAGUCACGGGGACAAUAGAAAAAUUUUCGCAAGUGAUACCCAUUACACACCCGAAUUAUUAUGGAUGUCUUUCGAUGGAAUCCAUUCGCCUGGUUUAAUUGGUAAACCGAAACUCUUUUUCAUACAGGCUUGCAGAGGAGAAAGAGUGGAUUUAGGAGUUCAAUUCAAACACACUACUGCAGUUGACUCUACGAAACGAGAAGACCGAUUCAUCAGUAUUCCUGUGAUGGCAGAUAUACUUGUUAUGUACUCCACUGUUGAAGAUUUCCUGUCUUGGAGGAAUCCAAAAAGUGGUAGUUAUUUCAUACAGUCUCUAGUGAGACAACUUUCUGCCCAUGCCAAUGAAAAAGAUCUACUCUCGAUUCUUACGUACGUUAAUAGAGAAAUUGCCACUGGAUACUCUCCAGAAAUGGAACAGCAGAAAAUUCAGAUCUAUGCGAAUAAACAAAUGAGUUCUAUAGUGAGUAUGUUGACGAAAGAAAUAUAUUUCACAUAAUAAUUAUGUAAUUAACGACAUAUCUACCCCCUUCAAUUAGUGUAUGUGUUAUUUAAAUCUCUACCAAGUAACUAGUCCUUUUAUAUUUUCAUAAAACGAGUUAUAUUUUCAUUUUAAUGUUUUUCUGAAUAUCAUAUUAUAUUGUACAGCAUAUGUUACCCAUCAUCUUCUAUUUUCAUACUACAAACUCAUGAGAAAUUGAUUCAAAAUAAAUCAUCACCAAGAAACAUGA